AUGCAAGUCCCUCUUGCAUCCAAAGUCCGGGCGAAGGUAGAUCCUCAUCAGCAGAGGAUAUCCAGCAGGAUAUCAAUUGGUUCGGACCCGGCUUUGGAGGGUAAUGUCAUUGGAGACGAGGUAAACACGAGAACAACAGACGUGGUAGUAUCAAAUGCGAAAAGGAAACGACCCGUUCUGAGGCUUAUCCCACCUUGUGAAGAUCUUUCAUCAUCAUCAUCUAUCCAUCAGUCGUCUUCCUUAAGCCCCCUACCAACCUCCUCUUUAAGCGAAAGUGAUAUACUACAUCCAAUUCCUAUCGAAAGUAUCCGGAAUAAAAUAACCAAGCGACAGAAACCUGCAUCCCGUUCCAACAAUUUGGAGAAAGAAAAUGAAUUUGGUCGUAAAAAAGUUCACUCUAACUGGACAUGUAGUAAGGCUCCCCCCAAUAUCCUAUCUUUACUUCGAUUCGAUCAUAUUGGAGGUGCACCAACACAACAAGCGUUACAUCCAGCGACUCAACCCCAACAGCCGAUGCCCGUUAUCCGACCUUUAACGCCCAUUAUUCGUCUCAAAGUACAUUCAGGCGAUGAUGAGCAAGCUGUGGGGAAGAGGAAGAGAUCUGCACCGUCUGUCCAGGAUAGAUAUGAGGGCAAGCAGUCCAGGCUGCCAAAACAGAGGAUGGAACCACAAGCAAAGCCAGCAAGCGGAAAGAAGGAUAAACAGUCACAGCGACCAAAGAGAACAAGUAACGUUGAGAACAGUCGGGAGGAUGAGGUUCACAUUGUGCCUUUACCUUCUAUGCCUAUCGAAGUCAGUCAAGGUAUGCCUUCAAGUAAACUUUGUAAAGUCCUGCGAAUCGUUGGUGGACUACCAAGAGCUACUCCAAGGAGGAAAGAGAUAUUAUCUGCUCCAAUCAAGCAUCCUCCCGUAUGGGCAGAAUCACGCCAGGAGUUAUGUGAAGCAUUACCUUAUUAUCGUAGCUUCCAAUCUGGUUUAUAUAUGCACAGAAGAGUAGCUUUUGGGUAUCUGCUGGAAGCUUUCCCAGCGCCGAGAGACAUCUGGGCGUGCGAUGGUAAAGUCAUAAUCUCACAUGGGGGCGGGCAAUGUAUCCGAACGAUGCGUCCUGAUGGUACACCUGGUCCCGUAUCUCUACAAGCUGAUCAGUCUCAUUUAGACGCAAGAGUAGAUACCCUUCUUCUAGCUUACGAGAGAAAGACCCCUAUUAUAUUGAUCGCCGGGAAGGGUUAUGAAGGAUUACCGUGGGACCUGGAGUGCGCUUACGUCGUCCUGGGCUGGUAUUGGAUCUCUUCGAGUUGGGUAGAAGCUGAAAUCUCACCUAAAGAGGUCAGUCCACCUGAAGGUAGAAACUAUUUUCACCGAGUCAAGAUCCGUUUCGACUGGAUCGAAAAUCAAGGUGAACCAUGGUGGAUCAAUCCCCUGCCACAAGGGAAUAAAGUCCUCACCGCAAUGAGGGAAAGUAGUCCACUGACACCGCUGUCGAGUGAGGCGUCGAGUCCAAGGCGGACUCCCCCAACAGGGGUCGAAAUGUGGUCAUAUGAUGAACUUGACUCUCGAAUUCCGUGGACCCAGGACGGAGCAAACAUCGGUGCUGUAAAUGAAAAAUCACCUAAAAUGGACAUCCGAACUUUGCUGAAUCCUUCUUUGGGGCUACUUACUCCGCCUCUCAGUUCAUCGGGAGACGGAAGAGCCUCGUCGACCUGUGAUGAGCUAAAGUCUCGCAAGCAUGAUCGAGCGUGCUGGCCUGGAGAAUCAGCCUUGACAACUCAAACACCAUUAUUUACAAUGACAGAAAGCUCACUUCAAAAUCCUGCUUUUUACCCUGGUGAAAAGUGUCGAUCUUGUCGUCAACCGAUAAAUCAGAUAUAUCAAGAAGGGUUGAUAUGUUUAAAUUCGGCAUGUAAAGCGUUCUUCUUACUACACACUAAGAUUGGUUUAUUACCUAUUCCACCCGGAUUCCACUUAUCCUACAAUGACGAUUUCCUGGUUCCUCGUGAAACACCAAGGGAGGUUAUCAUACCUUACGAUAUCGUGCCUCCUGAACCAGCAAAGAGAGUUCCAGAAACUGAAGAUGCGUAUGAGGUCGGUGGCAGGACGCUUUGGAGGGGUUGGGUAUGUAGGAAAUGCGGUAGAGCCAAUUGCAGAUAUCGAUGGGAAGUAUGGGAAUGUCGAAAUUGUCAUAAUACUCUAGCACCACUUGAUCCUGCAUGUUUGGUCCUUCCUGAACAAAGUAGGCUGUCUCAACCACCUUUCCUGGGUGAGGCCAAGGUAGAUCCGAAAUCUGGGAUAAAGUCAAAUAUCAAGAUGAUAAAUGAAAUUGGAUGUAUCUGUGUUAUAUACGAUCUUGCCCCAGCUGGGAAAAUAUAUCAUCUCAUACAGCCACAUUCAGCAGUUUCUGAUGAUCUAUUAGUGGAAUAUCAGAAAUCAGCAAAUCAAGGUGGAUGGUUUCAACGUCGGGCAUUGAAAGCAGGCGCAGUCAAAGGUCAAUUACUCGCACAACACUUCGCAGUAAACACGGGCGCUUCGUAUAAAUAUCAGGUUGAUACUCUUAGCUAUUCGUUUGAACGAUCUCCUCAAUGCGUUUUGAUGUCUUUAGCUUUAAUCACCAAUCGCGUAAGACUGGUAUUAGGUGAAGAAAUUGGGUUCAACGAAAUACUCAGCGUGAUGUAUAGGGAAGGUCAAAAGAUGAGCUGGCAUGACGAUGGAGAAACCGGACUUGGCCCAGUGGUUGCGUCUCUCUCAUUGGGAAGUUCAGCUAUAAUGUCAUUUAGACCCAAGUCACCUAAUCGAACGGAAAUGAACGCUGGUUUUUAUACCGGGAUAUCAAGUAAGAAAGUGAAUCCAAACACAAGUUUGAGCAUUACUUUGUCGCACGGUGAUAUCAUGAUCAUGCAAGGUAGAGGAAUCCAGAUAAAAUAUGAUCACAAAGUAGUUCCAAUGGGAUUUAGAAUAGCUUCCACCGCCAGGGUCAUCGGUGAUAGAUAA